CCCACUUGUGUAAGAUGUGUAAGAACGUGACUCGUCCACACAGAGCCAUGACAAACCCCGUCAAACAUCCUUGGAAUAAACCCGAGCACAAACAGAGCCAGGCCCUAAUAUCAUCAUCCUCAUCAUCAACACUCCCCCAUUAUUCUAUCAUCCCCUUUAUAGUGUGCAUACCAACUUAACUAUGUUCACAGUUGUCAUACAUUCAACUGUCGAUAUAAAGAUGUUCCUAACAUGCAUCUCUUCUCUGUCUUUAUUUGUCCAGCCAAAAAGGAGCUUGACGGUGGAGAUGACAAGCAUCUGCAGAAAAAGAAGGUCAAGGAGCUGAAGGUUAUUGACUCAAAGUCCUCACAAAACCUUUCCAUUUUUCUGGGAUCUUUCCGUAUCCCAUAUGAAGAGAUCAAGACCGCCAUUCUGGAAAUCAACGAGAACAUCCUUAGAGAAUCCAUGGUCCAGAACCUGAUCAAGCAGUUGCCGACACCAGAGCAGCUAAGCACACUGAGCGAGAUGAAGGAUGAAUAUGAUGACUUGGCAGAGGCUGAACAGUUUGGAGUUGUGAUGUCCAGUGUAAAGCGUCUGCAACCGCGGCUUCAGGCCAUCCUCUUCAAGCUCCAGUUUGAGGAACAGAUCAACAAUAUCAAACCGGACGUGGUGUCUGUGACGGCGGCCUGUGAGGAGCUCAGGAAAAGCAGCUCCUUCUCCAAGCUGCUACAGAUCAUCCUUCUCCUGGGCAAUUACAUGAACGCAGGCUCGCGCAAUGGCAAGGCCUUCGGCUUUUCCAUAUCGUACUUGUGCAAGUUACGUGACACCAAAUCAGCUGACCUGAAGCAGACGCUGCUCCACUUUCUGGCUGACGUGUGCCUGGAACAGUACCCUGAAGUCAUGACCUUUACAGACGAGCUCAUUCAUGUGGAGAAGGCCAGCAGAGUUCCUGCAGAGAUACUUCAGAAGAAUCUAGAACUGAUGGGUCGCCAGAUCAAGAACUUGAAGAAAGACAUUGAAACCUUCCCGCCUGCACAAAACGACAAGGACCUGUUUGUGGAGAAGAUGUCCAUUUUUGUGGGCUUGGCCCAUGAACAGUAUGAGAAGUUGGAUCUGAUGCAUAAGAACAUGGAGAAGCAGUAUAACGACCUCGGAGAGUAUUUUGUCUUUGACCCCAGAAAGAUUUCUGUGGAGGAAUUCUUCGGGGACCUCAACACCUUUAAGAACAUGUUCCAGCAAGCAGUGAAGGAUAAUCAGAAGAGGAGAGAGGCGGAAGAAAAGAUCCGAAAGGCCAAACUGGCCAGAGAAAAGGCGGAGAGGGAAAAGGAAGAGAAACUGAAGAGGAAUCAGCACCUGGACAUCAACGCAGAGGGUGAUGAGACCGGCAUCAUGGACGGCCUCUUGGAGGCACUGCAGUCCGGCGCUGCUUUCAGGAGGAAAAGAGGACCACGGCAAGCAGCCAACCACAGGCGAGCUGGCCAUGCAGUGACCAACAUCCUGGCCAAAGAACUCAUGCAGGACGACGCACCUCCGUCAAGCAAGGUGCCCACCAAGAAGGUGAAGCUGGAGGAGGGCGCCAAGAAGGAAGACUCAUUAGAGGAGCUACUGGAAGCUCGCUCCAAUUAGGGCACAUUUUUUGUUCUUUCUUUUAUGUAUAGUUACUGCUUCUCAAUGCUGGGGCCAAUAUUGAUAUGCAAUGUGUUGUUUUCUGUGAUGGAAAUGUCCCUCAGCCAUAUUUGCCACUAUUAACAUGUUUCUUCACCAGAUUUGUUGUCACAUGAUGAAUCAAAAGGGCAUCACCUCUAUUGUGCGCUUAUUUCCCCAUUUUUUUUUAGGAAUGUCAGGCACAUCCUCGCUGUUUUCUGUAGCCACUCACAGUUUGUGUUGUACACUGCAUGUUUGUACAGUACAGGCCAAACGUUUAGACACACCUUCUCAUUUAAUGCCUUUUCUUUAUUUUCAUGACUAUUUACAUUGUAGAUUGUCACAUCAAAACUACGAAAACAUGUUUUAUAUUCCAGUUUCUUCAAAAUAGCCACCCUUUGCUCGGAUUACUUUUCCGCACACUCUUGGCAUUCUCUCCAUGAGCUUCAAGAGGUAGUCACCUGAAAUGGUUUUCACUCCACAGGUGUGCUUGAAGCUCAUGGAGAGAAUGCCAAGUGUGUGCAGAGCAAAGGGUGGCUAUUUUGAAGACAUUUUUUCAGUUAUUUCCCCUUUUCUUGUUAAGUGCAUAACUCCACAUGUGUUCAUUCGUAGUUUUGAUGUGACAAUCUACAAUGUAAAUAGUCAUGGAAAUUAAGAAAAGGCGUGUCCGAACUCUUGGCCUGCACUAUAAGUGCCGAUCGUCGUUUCACGGUCACAGCUAGUUCUCACCAGGGUGAAAUAUUUACUUCACAGGCUUUUGACGCUCACAACCUCGGUUUGAACGAGGGCUCGUGCACACACACACACACACACACACUUACUUCAAGCACUAGCAUCGUUACAGAAAUGCCCACAGGAUUGUCUGUUUGGGAACACCCUUUUAAGAGAGCAGUUUACAUGCCUGUGUGCUUUUAUAAUAGUCUAUUUUAGUGCCUAUAAUUAUGCUGUACCCACCACUGGAAAGCACACUGGAAAAACUGGCCAAAAGUGUGCAUAUAUGUGUGUGUGUUGUGGGGGAUGGGCGGUUCUGACUGAAAACACACACAUUAUGAACACACUUACUUAUGCAAUUGAUAUUCCUAUGCAAGCAUACUGUAAUCUGUCCUUAAACUAGCUGAGUUAACAUAUUUUCAGUCGUGGAGGAAGUCGUUUUCAUCAAGUUGUAAUCACCUUUAUUUUUGCACGUUUAUUGAUAAUUACACAGGAGCAACACCUAACAGGUCAUCAGUCAAUAACAAGAGGGACGAUAUCAGCAUCAUUGGAAGACAACCUUUAAUUUGACUUUUUUUUUUUUUUUUUUUUUUUUUAAGAGAUUUUCUAUUGUCCAUUUUUACAGUUGAUUGUUUUUUUUAAAUCUCAUUUGAAUGGAUGUGAUUUUGAUUUUUUUUUUCUUUUCUCCAGAGAUCGCUGUGCGUGUACAGAGUAAUGCACAUAAUGUCUCUGUUUGCCACGCAGAUCUAUUAAAAUGUCUUUAAUUAAUGUA